AUGUCGUCCUCGCAACCCUUCAUCGACUCCUCGCCCCUGUCCACCGGCAGCGGCCGCCGCAGAAAGUCGAAUUUCACCUACCGGCACCUUUCGCAGCUCAGCGCCUUCACGACGACCUGCCCGCUGCGCGUCGUCGCACACAUCGACCUAGAUGCCUUCUACGCACAAUGCGAGAUGGUGCGCCUGGGCGUUUCGCCGGACCAGCCGCUGGCGGUGCAGCAGUGGCAGGGCCUAAUCGCCAUCAACUACCCGGCGCGCGCGUUCGGUCUCAGCCGCCACGUCACGGCGGCCGAGGCGCAGAAGCUGUGUCCAGACCUCGUGUGCCAGCACGUUGCGACGUGGAAGGAGGGCGACGAGCGUUGGGCCUACCACGACGACGCGUUCAAGAACAUGGCGACGCACAAGGUCAGCCUGGAUCCGUACCGCAUGGAGUCGCGCAAGAUCCUGGCGCUGAUAAAGGACGCGCUGCCGAAGGAGCUGCAGAGGGUGGAGAAGGCCAGCAUCGAUGAGGUCUUCAUGGACCUCUCGGCGCAGGUGCAUAGCGUCUUGCUGGAGAGGUAUCCGGAACUGGCUGGCCCGCCGCCGUAUGAUGAUCCCACGGAGAACUUGCCGAGGCCUCCGACGACAGCGUUGGAUUGGCAGACGGAUCACUUGAUUGACUUGGAUGCCUCGGAGACUGAGGAUGACGAUCCGGACUGGGAUGAUGUCGCUAUUCUGAUUGGAUCCGAGAUUGUUCGGGAUGUUCGAGCCAGGGUCUUCGAAGAACUGAAGUACACUUGUUCCGGUGGUGUCGCGCGGAACAAGAUGUUAGCAAAGCUUGGAUCUGGCCAUAAGAAACCCAAUCAGCAGACUGUUGUUCGGAACCGCGCCGUGCAGAAUUUCCUCAGUGACAUGAAGUUCACGAAGAUCCGCAAUCUUGGCGGCAAGCUUGGCGACGAAGUGGUAGCUAUGUUUAAUACAGACACCGUCAAGGACCUGUUGGAGGCAUCGUUGGACCAGCUUCAGAGACUCGGUGAUGGUACCGGUAUCUGGCUGUAUGACAUUAUCCGCGGAAACGACACCAGCGAAGUCAACUCCAGAAUGCAAAUCAAGAGCAUGUUGUCAGCCAAGUCCUUCCGUCCAUCAAUCAAUAAUUUCGACCAGGGUCUCCGUUGGCUACGUAUCUUUUGCGCCGACAUCUUUUCCCGCUGCGUCGAAGAAGGUGUUCUUGAGAAUAGGCGCCGACCCAAGACUAUUAAUUUGCAUCACCGACAAGGACAACAGACCCGAUCCAAGCAAUCGCCUAUCCCCCAAGCUAAGACGUUCUCCGAAGAAAUGCUCUUCGUCCUUGCCAAGGGCCUACUUGCUUCAGUCGUCGUCGAUGGACGCGCAUGGCCAUGUUCAAACCUAUCUUUGAGCGUAGGAGGGUUUGAGGAUGGUAUUACUGGCAACAAGGGAAUCAGUGGCUUCCUCGUUCGCGGAGCAGAGGCUAAGGCUAUGUUUGCUAGCGAAAGAGAGGCCUCGUCAAGCAAGAAUGACAGGGCUGAUCCACCACCGCCCCAAAAGAGGCGCCGAGUUGACGAAAGUGGCAUCCAGAGGUUUUUCGGUCCACGCCAAACCAGUCGUGACGAUUCCGGGAACGAGCACAGUCCAUCCAUGAGCAGAGAAAACAGCAGAGCUGCGUCUGAGCACACCGAGCAUGAAGUUCCGUUAGAGCCCCUAGAUGACGGACACCAUGGCCACUUCUCUACUGGCGCUGAAGAUCCCGAACAGACGUGGGAUGAAGUUGACCCAUCGGAAAUACCACCUCCAUCUGCUCAACCGCCACCUGAAGGCCAUUUCCACCAGACGGAUUAUUUCCCUACAAGCACGGAACCAGCCACUACUCACAACGUUGCUGCCCAACCUUCGCAUCAAACCACACUAGAUACGUUCGUCUGCGAGCGCUGCUCGACCCGUGUCCCCGUCUCUCAGCAGGGGGAGCACUCGGACUACCAUGUGGCAAAGGACCUUGCAGAACAGCUUCAGGCUGAGGACCGCGCUUCUGCUGCCGCACGUCCACCCGCGCCACCCUCGUCCACAACACCCAAGCCGCGUGGGCGGGGAAGGCCAGCCGGCUCCGGCUCGUCGGGAAAGUCGGUCAAGGGGCCAGAGAAGGGGCAGAUGAAGCUGGCGUUCGGCAAGGGUUGA